CCUAAUUUAGGAUUGUUUGAAAGCACCGCCACGAUCUGCACGCGCCAUCUAGCGCCUACCAUUAAUGUACGUGAAGCUUAGCUCGCUUUCGCUCUCUCCCCGACUCUUCCCAGAGUCUCCAGUACUUCCAUGAACAGCCAUCCAUGGACUUCUCAAACCUCCAAUCCAGGGCUUCCAAUGCAUACAUUCCUCCCCACCGUACUCAGAUACACCCUCGUAUGCACAUUCACCUCCCCUCCUACCCUCACAACUCCGCUAACAAAUCGCAACACCACCAUCACCUGCACAGAUACGUCGCCCUAUUUGCAUCCAUUCUGACUAUUCCAUUCCUCUUCUACCUCUUCUCUACUGCCCGCAAAAUCCACCAGAACCCUAAAUUCGUCGAGCCUAACUCCCGAUUCUUCGGCGUCGUCAUCGCUUCGGGGUCAACUGGGUCCCGCGUCCGCGUCUUCGAAUUCCUCGGCGAGGGGCAGAUGCCAUUCAUCGCUGGCUCCAUCUCAGUCAGGCCCUCUUUGUCGGGGUUUGCUGAGGAUGCCGAGGGAGCUGGUCGUUCGAUCGCGGUUCUGAUCGAGUUUGCGAAGCAGCAGGUACCUAGGAAGGAGUGGGGAAAUACUAAGGUGCAGUUGAUGGUGGCUCGUGGUGUGAUGGAAGGGCUAGGUUUUGGAGUGAGGAAGGGGAUCUUGGAGUCCUGUAGACUGGUUUUGAAAGCGUCCGGGUUUGCCUUUAAGGACGCGUGGGCUCGCGUUGUUGAAGGCGAAGAUGAAGGUGUCUAUGCUUGGGUGGCUGUGAAUUACGGACUAGGAAACUUGGGAGGUGAACCUAAAAAGACAACUGGAAUAGUUGAAAUUGGUGGGACUUCAUUGCAGAUUGCAUUUGCUUCAAGAGAAUCGACAGAAGUGAAAUCUUCACGAGUCAUCAGAUUUGCUGGAGUAACUUACAACCUCAACACUCAAACCUUGCCCCACUUUGGUCAGGAUGCAGCUUGGGAAUCACUGCAUGGGCAGCACAGUUCCAUAGAGACCAUUUUAUCCUCCAAUUCGAGGAAGGAAACUCACAGUUACCCCUGUAUUCCCAAAGCAUAUGAGCUGGCAGCCAAUGUAAGCAAUAAGCUACUUAUUACAUCGCACCCAGCAGGAAGCUUCACUGCAUGUCGAUAUGAAGUUGCUUCAUUAUUGAAGAGACGACAAGAUAAAUGCUUGAGUCCUCCUUGUAAGAUUGUCCCAUCUAUUUUUUUGGAGUUCCAAGGAAACCGAUUUUCUCCAGAAAAGUUCCUCUUUGUUUCUGAGGUUUUUGGGUUGUUCCCUGGGGCUUCUCUGUUUGAUUUGGAGACAGCCGGGCAACAUUACUGUGAAGAUGACUGGGAGACACUGAGAAACCAACAUCUUAGUAUCGAUGAUAUGGAUUUGUCACGAUACUGUUUCUCCUCUGCAUAUACAGUGGCACUGCUGCAUGAUGGUCUUGGGAUCCCUAUGAAUGAUAAAAGAGUUGGAUUUGCAAAUAAUAAUGGAAGUAUCCCGUUUGACUGGACUGUUGGAGCUUUCAUCUUAUCAAUGCUGGAGCCCCUUGAGUUAGAACCGGCUAACAUGGACCAACAGAUGGUUGGAAAUGCAUCAGUGACAUACUUCUCAGUGUUUGCCAUUUUGUUAAUAGGUUUGCUAGCUGCAUUCUUUUUACUGCAACUGCGAAAACCACAAUUAAAGACCAUUUAUGACCUAGAGAAGGGACGUUACAUUGUCACGCGAGUGCCCAGGGACUUUUCAGGAGCAACUUUGGUGAUGGAGAUACUUUUUGCGUGGUAAUGGGUUGGAAACAAGAGAAUCAAUUAUCUUCGUUCAAGCUUAGAGGUGGUAUUGAAGGACCAUGCAUGAACUCCAGCAUCUGAUUAAGCUUAUUAAGUGACUACCCACAUCACAUGCAGUUCAUGAAUCACGACUAUGAAUCUAGGCAACCGCAACGCAUCAAACAAAGAAGAGAUGACCUAGCAUGAGAGAAGAGAGCCUGUCAGCUUAGCCAAGUUGACUGCCUGUGUACAAAUCUCCAGUUUUUCAAUAGUAAUCCGUAGUGAAACCUCCUUGGAGCUCCAGCAACAGGCAAAUCAUCCUUGGCUACCAAACAAGUCUCUCAUCCCCAUGGCAUGCAGUAAGGAUGAGUACAUGCAUAUGUAGAUGCAACUGAUGAAGAGAAUAUAUUCCACCGUGGUCCUAUAAAUGUUGAAGACAUGGAGGUACCGUAUAAUACAACCACAAUCCACAUGCAGAGGAUUGGGCAUAUUGAUAGAGACCACAAUUAUUCCGAAAGUUUCAGAUAAGUAGUUUCUGACUUUGCGUUUCUUUUAUGAGACUAUAAUUUAAUUGAGGCAUGCAAUUGUAGAACCAACAAUGCAUGAGUUUGAGAGGAAGAAAGAGAUAAUGUGGCAGGUCGAGUCUUGUUUGGUAGCCAAGGAUGACUUGCCUGCUCGUCUUGUUUGGUAGCCAAGGAUGACUUGCCUGCUCGUUGCAAGUGGUUUUUACUUUUGAGUAGUAUUGGCUGAAACCUUUGUUUGGUCCCAGGCAGUCACCCUUGACUAACUUGACAGACUUUUAUCUCUCAUAUUGUCCCUUUUCUUCCAUUGUACCAAAAAAUUAAUACUCAUAUUAACCAUAUCGUGCCGGUAAGCUUUAAGGGUUAGACUAACAUUUCACACGCACAGACAAUAUUUAUGUUUGUUUCAUAUGAACUGGUUUGGAAUCAUAUACAUAGUAUCUUCUCUUA